AUGUAUGCCGGAAAACCAGUAAUACCAGCACAAAUCCAGAUCGUCCGAAACAAAGGUCCAGGAAACAAUCUCAAAAUCAAAUCAUCUCCACCAGUGUGGAUGCAAGUCGCCCAGCAGAGCCGCCACAAACACCGUUUUAGUCCUGUAAAAUAUGCAAACGCCAGAUCAAAGUCAAUCUCCGCCGUGUUGGAUGGCAAGCCGUCACAACUCCACGCUUCCUCUGACGAUGCGAGCGCCAAAUCAAAAGCCCUCCGUGUUGGAUACCAGUUGCCCAGCAAGCCAUCACCAACUCCAUGUGUCCUGUAA